CUACGGAAACACAACCGCGAGAGGGAGCAGAGAAGCCGAGACGAAGCGAAGGAAAGCAGAGCAGCGCAAGACAAAGAGCGAGCUAUAAGUACCACCCACCCUUCCACCUCUCUCCCCGGCAACCUCCCGGCCCCGCCCCGCGCAUUCCUCCUACUCCGGCGAGACAAACAGACGACAAGACAGCAGCAGCAGCAGAGAGAGAGAGAGAGAGAGAGUUUUUGGUUGCCGGUCUGCGGAUUGUGGAUUUGUUUGUUGGUUGGCUCCGGCGGUUUGGGUUGGGGUUUUGCCGGCGAGGAGGAGGAGGAGGAGGAGGAGGAGGAGGAGGAGGAGGGAGGGGGAGCCGUGGGGGCUCGUGAAUGGUGAGAGGCGAGGCGGCUGCGGAGGCGGAGUACACGCGGGCUUCGCUGCUGGGGAGGUAUGAGAUCGGGCGGACGCUCGGGGAGGGCAACUUCGGCAAGGUCAAGUACGCGCGCCACCUCGCCACCGGCGGCCACUUCGCCGUCAAGAUCCUCGACCGCAGCAAGAUCCUCUCCCUCCGCUUCGACGACCAGAUAAGGAGGGAGAUUGGGACGCUCAAGCUGCUCAAGCACCCCAACGUCGUCCGCCUGCAUGAGGUGGCCGCUAGCAAAACGAAGAUUUACAUGGUGCUUGAGUUUGUCAAUGGAGGCGAGCUGUUUGACAAGAUUGCCUUAAAAGGAAAACUCUCUGAACAUGAAGGAAGGAGACUUUUCCAGCAGUUAAUAGAUGGUGUGAGCUAUUGCCAUGACAAAGGUGUCUACCACAGAGACCUUAAGCCGGAAAAUGUUCUUGUUGAUCGAAGAGGCAACAUCAAGAUCUCCGAUUUUGGUCUGAGUGCUUUACCUCAACAUCUCGGGAAUGAUGGAUUGCUGCACACAACAUGUGGCAGCCCCAAUUACAUUGCUCCUGAGGUUUUGCAGAACCGAGGUUAUGAUGGCUCCUUGUCAGAUAUCUGGUCUUGUGGAGUAAUUCUCUAUGUAAUGCUUGUUGGAUACCUUCCUUUUGAUGACCGAAAUCUCGUUGUCCUCUACCAGAAGAUUUUCAAGGGAGAUGCCCAGAUCCCAAAGUGGCUGUCCCCUAGUGCACGGGACCUUCUUCGAAGGAUUAUUGAACCAAACCCAAUGAAGAGGAUCAACAUAUCCGGGAUCAAAGAGCAUGAGUGGUUUCAGAAGGACUACACUUCUGUUGUUCCAUAUGAUGACGAUGAUGACAUUCAUCAUGACCCAGUUCUCCCCAUCAAAGAGCAAACUGAUGAAGUAAAACAGGAAAAGCGUACUCAUAUCAAUGCUUUUCAGUUGAUUGGAAUGGCAUCUGCCCUUGAUCUUUCAGGCUUCUUUGAGGAAGAGGAUGUAUCUCAGCGAAGGAUAAGGUUCACAUCAACGCAUUCACCGAAAGAUUUGUUCGAUAAGAUUGAGAAUGUUGUGACGGAGAUGGGAUUCCAAGUUCAGAGGGGUCAUAGCAAGCUAAAAGUCAUGAAAAAUGGCAGAGGUUCAAGAAAUCACAGGAAUCCAUCAUCAUUCUUGGUCUGUACUGAGGUCGUCGAGCUCGGGCCAUCCUUGUAUGUUGUAGAAUUGAAGAAAUCCCAUGGGGAUCCUAUAUUGUAUAGACAGCUGUGUGAGAAGCUAUCAGAUGAGCUGGGGGUGUGCAGGACGGAGCAGAUUCAAAGACAGGAGUCGAUAGAUGAUGAUCUUGAGAGCUUCAACAGUGGAGCUUCUUUGCCUCUUCUCUAAAGAACGCCGCCCCGGACCAUUUUGGUUAGAGUCGAAGUACGAGGAACAUGCUCUGUUCCUCUUACAAGCAUAGGUUAGGAUAUUGAGAAUUGCAUAUAGUGUACAAAGCGAGUGGUGCAAAUUAGCCACCGAUGUUUAAUAUAAGGAAUGCUCUCUUCUUGCC